AUGCAAUUUGACGUAUGCAAUUAUAUCAAGGUGGCUAUGAAAUAUGUCCUGGUGUUCGUUCCAAAUUUGCACACACAGAACGAAGAGUAUCUCGUAUUUAAUAAUCUGCAUGAGACUGGGCUGGAAAAUUAUUUGAGCACGUGUGAAUCAACCCAGGUUGUUUCUUCUGUUCCUCGCGAACUGAGGAUAUCGGUGAAGAGCGAAUCGGUUCUUGAGGGAUCAGAGAAUACUGCGGAAGUUCGGAAAAAGCAUUUUACAUGCUACAUCGGUGAAAUAUUCGGGUUGGGCGGGAGUAAGUGUAAGUCAUACCAAGAUUUCAUCGACACCAAUGUAAACGACAUGUCAUUUACGAUCGUGAAAGUGCCGCUUUCGAUGUCUCUGUUCAAGAAAAUUUCGAAUAUAUCACGACACACCGCUUCUGACUUUACCUUUGAUGAUAUAUACGAUAUGUUCGUACAGCUCUUUCCGUUCAAAGACAAACAAGCACUGUGUGCACUAGCCGUAGUUUUUCAUCUCCAGAAAAACUCCGAUCUGACAGCCGAACUGAAAAGAUGCUAUGUUGCGCAGGACAAAAGCAAAUUUGAUGAGAAGAUCAAGUACCUAUCAACGCACAUUUUCAGUUCAAGUACCAAUUCCGAUAGUUUCUUGUCAAUUAUUAAUAGGAUUCUCGAAUUUUAUUCGUUUAGUGAUAAGGAUGAGAUUAUGGUUAGGUAUCAGGACAACGAGUUUAUAGAACUCUUCAUAGUUGCAGAAUUGGCUGAUUUUUCUCUCAGGUUUAUGUUCACACACGUGGAAAUAAGCUAUAACAGAUUGGUUAACAAUGCCGAUAUCCUUGUGAAACAGUUGAGUGAUGAUCACUUUCAAUAUCCUUUGACCCUUUGUAUAGAAGAAAUUGAGGGUACGCUGGAAGAGGAUGACCCUUGUGAGUAUCUAAGGAGUAAUAGCAGCGAUAGUACAUCAGGGAGUGAUAGCGAUGAUUAUGGGGGCAUCGGAUUUAGAAGUUUAAGGAAUAGCCCUCGAUCAGAAAAAGAAACUUUGGUGCACGCUAUUGGUCUAAUAUCUGAUGUUGUAUGUUCAAUGGGUGGAAGGGUUCAAAAGGUCAUUCUAGAGCUCAAUAGAUUUGCAACAGCAAUUGAUUCGUCAUGCUUUAGCCGUAUUGAUUCGUUGAGUGUCAUCAGAUGCACAGACUGUUCAGCCGAGUUUCUCGCAUCUUUGCCCUGCAACGCAGCGCAAAUAGUAGCAAAUUUUAACAAUUCUUUCGCUAGGUCAGUAACCGAACUGUAUCAGAAUGCAGCGAGUGUACAAUACAACGAAAAUACGUUUUACAAUGAUUUAACAUUCAUGGGUCGGCAGAAGCACAUCGAAAUUUGUUCUUCCGCUAUUAACGGAUCAUUGAUCUUCCUACCAGAGAAUGAUUACGAGUGCAUUAGCUUGAUAUCCGUAUAUGGGGUCGUUUACUUAUCGGGUAUAGCAGGUUUCGGUCAAAUACUUUUGACGAGGACAGAUACAACGAGUAAGCUGCACUACGAGAAGAAAGAGCCUGGAAAGAGCUUAUUUGAGCUUAAGAGUGCACAGAUUUUCGAUCAGAUAGUUGUUGAUGCGGACAUAGGAAGUGUAAUAUUGCAUAUGGUUGAGCUGGAUUUGGGCACAAGUAUAGUUUUCUCAAGCACCAAUAUGCACGUUGAGGUAUCGGAAUCACGUGGUUUAUUGGAUAUGACAUCGUUCAUCGGGACAGUAGUCUUUAUUGAUCGGACUAUGAAACUAAAAAUCUCAUCAACCCAGGAUAAACAUUCUGAAUUAUCGCACAUUGAGCUGUCAGGAAUCAAUUUCAGAGACAACGUGGUAUUACGGGAUGUUUUUGAAGAGAUCGACCUAAAAUACGUGUUUAUCGACAAGAAAUCAUCCCUAACUGUGAACAUGAGCUGUAAAGAACUUGUUAUUGAACGGUGCACGGGUAUGAUCGAUCUUACCAGGGUACACCAGCUUGACAAGGUAAAGAUAACUUUUGCUCUCCAGGAGCAUAUUCGUUUCAAAUUUGCAGAACCCGUGCAUGUUCGUCAUUUGCAUCUUCACCGGGUGUGCAACGGUGUUGAUGAAAUGGAAAUGUUGUUUUCUAAUUUUGUGAAAAUCGAAUACUUGCAGAUUACCGAUGAAGAUGGAUACGAGUACAGCGGAGAUGUUGCGAGCUAUGCCAAAGACUUGAAAUGGUUCUUUUUUGAUCAUGAGCAUACGGAAGGUUCAUCCGUUUCAUCCUCAAGGCAUUCACUAAAUGAACAGAACAGUCGUCUUGAUCUGAUCAGCUAUAUGAAGCUCAGUUUACUUAUAAACUCGCUCUGGUGCACGCUCGUUCACGAGACCAUCAAAGAGCUUGAUUUGGGCGCCAUCGUGGUUAUGAAGGAAAACUGGAAAUCGCUCAGCAGCCUAGCAAAUCUGCGAAUCCUAAAAAUAUGCGUAGAGAAUCUUACCACUGAAUUUUUUGUCUGUCUUCCACCAGGUAUUAGACUGUUAGAACUGUCGUGCAUCGCAACACGUGGCAAGUACUGGAGUGUCGAGGAUAUAUAUUACCAUUCAGUCACACGUAUUCCACUACCAAAUCUAAGAGUGUUAGUUAUUGAAGCGAAUUAUCUGGCAAUGUUACGCUGUCUCAGCUCUUUACCGCCUUCGCUUGAAGCAAUUCAGGUACGGUACACCCACGCACCCAUCAUUCAUUCGUUAAUAACAGAGCAUAAACUGAAGAUACGCGAGUUGUACAUUUAUGAUGGGGUAGAACGUGACUAUUCGCGCUAUUCUGAUGGGUUCAUGACCGAAAAAGGAUCUGUUGAUUUUGCGCGGAUGCUUGCUGAGCAUGUUGAUUUCAAUUCAUUGGAAUACCUUGGAAUCGUCACCCUUUGUGGAUUGACUGUUCUCAAUCCUCUAACCUUUGAGGUGUUAGACCAAAACAACUAGUACAAACCUUCCGAUCUGUGGACCUGUUCAAUUUACACUAGGUUUAUUGAAGUAAACGCUUAGUGUUUGAAUGGCAUGGUGGUAAACAAGCAUAUUUUCAGUAAAAAACUGCUCAUGCA